UUUACAUAUGUUUGACAUUUAACCAACAAAAAACAAAACUUCCAAACUAGAAAUAAAAAUUAUAAAUUAGUAUUUUUUUUUUUAAAUAAAUAUAACUUGUUAAAUUGUAAGAAAUAAUGGAAAUAACAUUUGCUUUAAUAAAACCCCAUGCUGUAAAAAAUAUUGUUGCCCUUCAAUAUGUCACGGAAAUCAUCAAAAACAACUUCUCAGUUCUGCAAACCAAAGAAGUUGUAGUUACGAAACAACUUGCCAGCAGAUUCUACGAAGAACAUCAAGGAAAAUUCUUUUACAAUCGUCUAGUCACUUUUAUGGGCAGUGGUCCAUCGAUUGCGUUUGUUUUAGCAUCGAAAGAUAGCAUUGCCAAGUGGAGAACUAUUUUGGGUCCCACCAAAGUCCACAAAGCCAUUUACUCAAGUCCCGAUUCAAUACGAUCUCUCUAUGGAUUGUCUGACACCCGAAAUGCUUGUCACGGGUCGGAUAGUCUGGAAUCGGCAUCGCGUGAAAUUUCAAUUAUUUUUCCUGAUUUCGAUUAUCAGGAGGAAUUGAGAAAGCAAAUGGAAUCUGUUUGAUGUUUAUUCGAUUGUAAUGUA